UUUGGGGUUAGGACGCGCCCCCACGUGUCACUGGUGAUGCUGUAUGUUACGUUUGCAUUGCCUCGGGGGUUCCAAGACACCUCCCUGAACACUACUGAGAGCCGUGGCUCAAACAACAUUGUUGGCCAACAAGAAAUCUCUCUACAGCCUGCACAAUGACCCUCGAAAAUGGUACGGUCGCUGGCGCCACGAUUGAGCUCCUCGAGACUCGUCUUCGGCGCCUCACAUAUCUCCUCACCGGCGAUGCAAACUGGACCGGCAAUCCCACGCCGCCCGCGAAGCCAGCUUCUCUGGAUGACAGCGUCUCGCGCCGCCUUCUGCGCCUGGAGAGGGAACUGGAAAGGCUGAGCAGAAACAUCCCCGCCGUUCGGGAUGUCCUUAGUCUCCACGACCGCUUCCCCGAUCUCUUUCGCCCAACGCCCCCAAAAUCACUCCCCGAGAAUUUGUCGACACAAAACCUCGCCUCAGUCGUGUUAUCCUAUGCCUCUGCAUUUCCCGAAACUGCCUCCCGGCUUACCUCGUUGAACGAUCUCCCCAUCCCCGAUGCUGAGACAUCGGCGUCGCUUAUCCAGCUACAACCUCGCUUGGACCAGUUGGCGCAGACUCAGGAGGAACAGGCCAAGAAAAUUUCCGAGCUACGUGUGCGAUCGGCAAGACUUUUGCAACGAUGGUACGAAGUGGCGCUAGUCAGUGGCGGCGAUUGCUGGGCUGAAUGGGAAGGGAGACUGGAGGAUGUGGAAAGGGAGGUCAAACGGGAGGAAGUGGUACGGGAGCGGAGAGCAAAGGAAUUGUGAGGUCGGAUUGCUUUUUCCUUUUCCCCGUUUCUCUUAGCGUGUAUGACUUAUGAUACCACUUUGAUUCUCUUGUUCCGGCAUAUGUUGAUGGGCAAAUACGAUCGUAUCUGGGACC